AUGGUGCUUAAAAACAACUCGUCGUCCUCGUCUGUUUCAACUUCGGAUGAGACGAUGAGAAUGAAUGAUCAAUAUCAUCUGGGAUCCUCCUCCGCGUCUUCACACACGCACCCUUUAUCGGACGCAUCUCGCCUCGCUCGAGAUAAAUUCGAACGAGGGCAGUGGCGAUUCGAGGACCGGCCGAAACCGUUGUCCAAACCGCAAAGCGAAGAGGUGCGAUUUUUAGGGUGGACGUUGUACGAGGAAAGCGGGAGGGACCACGCGAAUAGGAAAAUGCAACGGAGAGAAGAGAUGGAUUACGAAAGGAGGAAUCGAGUCAUCGGGGAGAGAGAUGUGGACGUGGUGAGGAGCGAAGAGGAUGAGGAGGAAGAGGAAGAUGCGUUUGAUGGAGAUGGAGAGGAGGAAGACAGGCAGCGCGGAGGAGCGGAGACGAGGACGAGGACGAGCGCCGAUCAUCGAGAAGGAACGGACGAAGAGGAGGAGAAUAGCGAUUUUGGAGGAGAGAAUAGUGGUGGAGAAAAGAAAUGCGAAGCACAGACACCGUGCGGGGUGGCGUUCGUGAACAAGCGCGAGUGCGUGGAUUUGUGUCGAUCGAGUAGAUUUGAACCAGAGUAUAUGCCGAAAGCGACGAUGCGAGAGAAAAAAGAUGCGUUUUAUUUGAAGACGCACUUUGAUUUUUUCCAAAGGAAAAGACGGAGUGGGUGCCCGAAGAACGGUUUAGAUCACACGUUGGUCAUUUAUCACGCGCCGGAAAGAGUGUCGGUCGGGAAACACUUGGCGUCUGUGGCGAGCGGAUUAGCCAGAGCAUCGGCGUUUAAUAAGACGUACGUUCCCGGAAGAUUGAGCAUGCGACAGUGGACGUCGGCGAAGAGGUGCGGAUUGAACAGGAACGUGAUGUGCUUUUUGAAACCAAUCGGGAAAUGUUUGUUGGACGCGAGAGAUAAGGAAGGAAGACAGAUUGGCGCGUCAAUGGUUGGAACGAGCAUGUUUGGCGCGAGUGGGUUGAUUGAUUUUAGCGUGUAUAGAACGAAAAGAAGAGGAACGUUGAUGUACCAAGCGGAAGCGUUGUCGUACGUGUUUGAACCGAACAAACAAGCAGAGGCGGUCAUUCGAGCAGCUUUUCGAGACUCGAUCCGGAAACAGGCGGAAACGAUAUUGCAGAGUAGUAACGGAGUUGGGUCGUUCAUGGGAAACGGACAACAACAACAAGUCUUAUCCGGAGAGGCUUUAGAACGCGACUCGGGACAUCCGUUUGGGAAGUGCGUCGCGGUGCACGUUCGCCGAUCCGGGUGCGUGAGAGACAUCGAGAGUCACGAAGAGCCGAACCGUUUGGAAGGUUUGUGCGUCCCAUCGAAAAAAUACUUAGAAACCGCGAAAGAGUUCGCGAAAAAGUACAACUUACACUCCAUUCUCCUCAUCUCGGACGAUUUAAAUGUGGCUGAAAAAUGCGCCUCCAACGCCGAAUUGCCGUGCUUUUACACCACCUCCACGAAACGAUUGUUACACGACGCCGAAAACGACGUCAACGACAACCUACCGAGUUUCAAAAAACGAAGAAGAAGAAACUUAUUGUGGAAAGAUUCCGGUAAAGACCGCGCCGUCUCUGCCGCUUUAGCUACGGUCAUCGAACUCGAAGCCGCGCGAACCUGCGACGCAUUCGUCGGUCAGUUUUCCUCCGGGUUCAGUCGAUUGGCGUACAUGUUGAUGAGCGCGAGAAUGGCCACGCCGGCACCCUAUCGCAGCUUAGACGGCGUUCCUUUUAAAUUAGAGUAA